CGUGUUGUUAUUAAUUCUGGUCAUUGUCGCACAAGAAUGCAAAUCCCAAUUAGGCAAGCAUAAUUUCCACCUUACUAUACUUCUCUACUUACUGAAACUAAACAUUCCCCUGUAGAACCUUAUCACCAUAUGGCUCUUUCACUAUUCUUCAUAUAAUUAACUUAACGUGUGUGUUUUGUCUCUUAAUUAAAAUAAAUAAUUAAGAAAUUAUCUUUACAAUAACUUUGUAAACGGAAGCAAAGUCUUCUCAUCAUUACAUCAUCGCAUAGCCAACUAGCAACUAGCCAUGAAAGAACUCCCGUCUCGGUUAGGUAUACAACAACCAAAUGUUUUAGAUGUUACUGGAACCAUCGUUAUGAUGGAUGAAGGGAUUGCUGAAGAUGAUAUCUCAUCUAUGAAACGUUCAGUAAAUGGAAUCAUCUUAAAUCCUCAACCUCAUGAUAGUCCUAAUGAUCCAUUAAAUUGGCCUAUAUGGAAACGAGAUUUAUGUCUUUUUAUUAUUGGAUUUCAAAGUUUUUUAGGAGGUGGUCAAUCACCUAUUUUGGCUGCUGGUAUGAGUACAUUAGUUAGUGAAUUUAAUAAACCUUUGGCAACUAUAUCUUAUUUAGUUGGAGGAUUUAUGUUAUCAUUAGGAGUUGGAUCAGUUUUCGCAAGUCCAACGGCAGUUUUAUAUGGUAAAAGAUUGGUUUAUUUAAUAGGGAUAUUAUUAUUUUUAGUUGGAUCUAUUUGGGCAGCUAAUGCUAAUUCAUUUGGAACUCUUAUGGGAGCAAGAGUUAUAACUGGUAUAGGAGCUUCUCCAACAGAAUGUUUACCAAGUUCAACAAUUGCAGAAAUUUAUUUUGCUCAUGAAAGAGCUUAUAGAGUAGGAAUUUAUACAAUGUUAUUAUUAGGAGGUAAAAAUAUAAUUCCUUUAUUAUCGGGAUUAGUUUUCCAAUAUUUAGAUAGAAAUUGGUUAUUUUGGAUUCAAAGUAUGUUUUUAGGUGCAACUCUUGUAUUAACUUUCUUAUUUGUUCCAGAUACCUUUUGGGAUAGAUCUCCUACACCUAAUAAAAGAUCUCAAGAAGAAACAGAAGCAGCAAUGAAAGUUAAAAAUUAUCAUCCACCAUCUCAAAGACCAAAUGCAUUUGCUUUACAUAGACCAUCACAAUUUGAUGUAUUAGAUAUUGAGAGUCUUUCAUCUUCAAUUGCAAAUUAUACUGCUCCACAAGGUUUUAAUUCUAAUCCUGUUGGAAUUGAUAAUCCAACUGAUGAAUUCCCUAAUCAAACUCAAAGUCAACCUCAACAGCGUAAUUCAUUCAUUAAAGAUAUGUCACUUUAUUCUGGAAGACAUAGUAUAGAUAGUUGGUGGAUGGUAUUAUUACGACCAUUCUUUUUAUAUACAUAUCCUUCAGUAUUAUUUGGAUCUUUUAUAUAUUGUUUUGCAGUGGUUUGGUUAAUUGUUAUUUCAGAAACUAUUUCAGAAAUCUUUAGAGGAGAAGGUUAUAAUUAUAGUCAACAAACUGUUGGAUUAUUUUAUAUAUCACCAUUUAUUGGAAGUAUUUUUGGAUCUUUAUCAGCUGGUUUGAUAAGUGAUAGAUUAAGUAGAUAUAUGGUAUCAAAAAAUAAAGGAAUUUAUGAACCUGAAUUUAGAUUAAUUAUGAUUAUACCUUCAACAUUUUUUAUUGCCUUAGGUUUAAUGGGAUUUGGUUGGUCUUCACAAGUUAAAGAUCUUUGGGUAGGACCUAUAAUAUUCUUUGGAAGUGUUGGAUUUGGAUGUUCAAUGGCAAGUACAACUGCCAUAACUUUUACAGUAGAUUCAUAUAAGAUGUUUGCUGCUGAAUCAUUAGUUUCACUUAAUUUUUUAAAAAAUUUAGUGGGAUUUAUAUUUUCUUUAUUUAAUAAUAAUUUUAUUAAUUCUCAUGGUCAACGUACAGCAUUUAUUACUUAUGGAUCAGUUCAAAUAUUUCUUAGUUUAUUUGCUAUUCCAUUAUAUAUUUAUGGUAAAAGAUUAAGAAGUUGGACUGAUGAUAAUGAGUUAUUAGCAAUGUUAUAUCAUAUAGAUAAUGCACCAAAUACGAGUCAAAAGGCUCGAUCUCAAAAUACUGAACAAACUCAAGAUAUAACAGAUGAUAAAGAUAAUAAUAUCAUUAAUAAUUUAAGUCCAAAUCGAACAAAAUCUGAUGAUAAUACUCCUGAAAAGGUUAAUGGAAAUUCUCCAGAUUCAAGAUCUACUUGUAUUUGAAAUAACAUAUAUAUUUGUACUUGAUUGUUUUUAUUUAUGUCUAUAAUUUUUAAUUCUAUCUAAUUUCUAUAUCCAUGUUAGGAUUGAAUUAUC